AUGAGUGCCGAUCUGAAGGCGUUGUUGGAAGCGCAGAACGACUUCCACGGGCGAAUGUCUCGCUCCGUGGACAAUCUGCGCAAGAUGGGCGUCUCGAGCAUCACGGCCGAAGCAGUCCAGGCUCGCCUCCGCAUCCUCGACACGCUGUGGACCAAAUUUGAGGCUCAUCAUGACCUCAUCAGGACAACUCUGAAAGAUAAAUAUCUCGAGAGUGAGUACGCUAAGGCAGACUUUAUCGAUAUCGCGGAAUCAACUUACGUGUCUCAGCGAAGCAUGCUUGUCGAAUACGCGAACAGUCUCAAAGACGAGGCGUCGAUCACGCCCAAGACCGAGCGCCAAGAGCAGACGCUCAAAACUUCGUUGCCGCGGAUUAAGCUCCAGUCGUUCUCUGGGGCAUACGGAGAUUGGCCCGCGUUUCGCGACAUCUUUCAGUCCAUCGUCGGCAGCAAUGCGUCCAUCUCCGACGUGGAAAAGCUGCACUAUCUCCGCACGAGCUUGCAGGGUCCUGCGGAAAAGCUAAUAAGAUCGUUGCCAAUUGUCGGGGGCAAUUACGAGCGAGCCUGGUCCAUCCUCAGCUCACAUUAUGAGAACAAGCGGGAACUCAUUCGCGCCAACUUCGCCGCCUUUAACGCUGUGGCAAAAGUGAAAGCCGCGACUGCCGACGAGCUUAGCCGCGUUUAUAAUGCCGCCACCACUGCCAUUAAUGCUCAGGAGAGCAUUGCCAGGCCAAUAGACACGCACGGAAUGGACCUCUUUAACUACUUACUUAUCGAGCGAUUCGAUGCGCAAACCCGGAUGCAAUGGGAGUCCUCCAUCCGCGACUCCGUCGACCCGCCAAGUAACGACGUGCUUAUGGACUUCAUCGCGAAGCAAAUCCUGACACUGAACGCCGUGCAGCCAGCCACCGUCGCGAAAUCCGGAGAAGCUUCCCGGUCCGCGAAGUCUCACUUUGUGAAGCGCGCUUCGGACUCCUCAGUUUGCGCCGUCUGUAAAGAGAAACAUUCCGUUAUGCAGUGCGCGACGUUUAAAGCCAAGACCGCGACCGAACGGAAAACCCUGGUGGAGGCGCACAAGCUCUGCUUCAACUGCCUCGGGAACCACUUCCUAGCGAAAUGCCAAUCGACGAAAACGUGCUUCACAUGUAAGGCAUGA